AACCGCCCAACUUAAAAAAAAAAGUUUAGUGUUUGCUUCUGCAGCUGCUGCGGAGCAGAGAAAGAGACCAGACCUGCAGCCUGCAACCUGCAACCAGCGCUUAACUGGUAUCGAUAACGUUAUCGAUUAAACGCGUUGUUCUCCAUUGAUUUUAACGUAUAUAAUAACAAUAACUGAGCGUUAUCAGCAGCGUUGCUUAGCGACACCAAAGAGGAGAACAGCGAAGAAGAAGACGUUAGCAUGUGUAGCUAACAUUUAUGAAUUAACGUUAAAUCCACGUUUUGUUUACUUGUUUUCUGGAUUAACUUCGACUCUAAAUGGAUGAGCACAAGGAGAACAUUCACACAAAGGACGUCAACGUGAAGAUGUCUGACGUUAACACGAGAGAGGAUGAAAAGGCGAAGCCUUGCAGCAGGAUAUGUCCUGAAGAAGAAUCUGCUCCUCAGGUGUCCCCGUCUCAGUCCAACAGUGACUUCAGUCAUCCAGUGUACAAAGAGAUCUCUCUGGCUAACGGACACAUCAACCGCAUGUCCAAAGAGGAGCUUCGGAUCAAGUUAGCAGACCUGCAGCUUGACACAAGAGGUGUAAAGGACGUGAUGAAGAAGAGGUUGAAGAGCCACUAUAAGAAGCAGAAGCUGUUGCAGACGGCCGCUGAGGGAGGACCAACUGACACCUACUAUGACUACAUCUGCGUGGUGGACUUCGAAGCAACGUGUGAAGAGGAUAAUCCUGCAGACUUCCAUCAUGAAAUCAUUGAGUUCCCCAUGGUUCUCAUCAACACGCACACCUUAGAGAUUGUGGACUCCUUUCAGGAAUAUGUGAAACCAGAGUUGAACCCACAGCUUUCAGACUUUUGCGUGAAGUUAACAGGAAUAACACAGAAAAUGGUGGAUGAAGCAGACCUGUUUCCAGACGUCCUUCAGCGGGUCGUCGCUUGGCUUCAGGAGAGGGAGCUCGGGACAAAGUACAAAUACGCAAUGCUGACUGACGGGGCCUGGGAUAUGAGCAAGUUCCUCAACAUCCAGUGCCGGCUUAGUCGGAUCAGAUAUCCGGUUUUUGCAAAGAAGUGGAUAAACAUCAGGAAAUCAUACGGGAACUUCUACAAGGUCCCCCGCACACAGACGAAGCUGAGCACCAUGUUGGAGAAGUUGGGUCUGAAAUACGAAGGCCGUCCUCACUCUGGGCUGGACGACUCACGCAACAUCGCCAGGAUAGCUCUACGCAUGCUGCAGGAUGGGUGUCAGCUGCGCGUCAACGAACGCAUGCACGCCGGCCAGCUGCUCUCCGUUCCCAGCUCAGCUCCAGUGGAGGGAGCUCCUCCACCACAUAACCCCCGCAGCAGGGACUAGACCCAGGACCCAGACCCCUCGACUCUUUACCCCUGUGAGUUACAAACCCAAAGCAAUUUUACAGUCUUUGUCAGGUUGUACAUCUUUUGCUUUGGAGCUUAAAAGCUGUAGUUUGUAAUGGGGGUCAAUAUGAUUCACACGUGAGGGUUAAUCUCUGACCACAACUCUAUAUAUUUUUACACCAGAUGUCUAAAAACAGAUCAUUCCAGUGUGUUGUGGGAGGAUUUUCCCGUUUCAGUGUUGUCGGUCCGUUAAAUCUUCCUCACCCUGCCUUAUCGAGCUGCUAAUAUUCAUCAGACAAUUUGAUUAAAAUGCAAAUUUAAGUUCA